UUUGAUUGGCGAACUAUCAAAACGCCCCCCUCUGGCCUGGAGGAAUUAAUAACAAAAAAUAAUCCGGGGGUGUAUUUUGUAUAUACCUUUUAAGUUUCUAAAAAGAAAAAAAAAGUUUAGCAUGAACUGUCGCUUUUCUUUUUAAAGUUAUAUCUCAGAUUUAUAACUAAUAUAAACACCACGUGCUACAUACUGGGAAAGAUGCAGAAAUGUGCUUUUUGUCUUUUAUAUUGGCUCAAAACGUCUAAUAUGGUAUAUCGUAAAUUAUAAAAUCAUAAAACGAAUGAACAGGCCCAUGCUAUAAGCUUACUCGUAUGCAGUUCCUGACAUCAAUUCAGACACAAGGUAACCGAUAAGAAAAUAACCAGGAAGCAAAAAAGAGGAAAUGAAAGCCACUUUUGUGUGUGGUGGGUGCUGCUUGGUGUCCGUGUCCAGCACCGGCAAAGAGCAGACGGGCUAGCGACGCCGCCGCCGCCCCCUGGUGCUUCGCCACAGCGCUCACCGUUUCUCGUCCGCUCUGACUGUGACGAGUCCCGGGGGUAAGGGGACAGAACUGACUCCACAAUGGGGGACAUCAUCCUAGAGGACUUUUUCAUUAAACGUUCUCAGCAGAAGAAGAAAACCUCUCCACUGAACUACAAGGAAAGGUUUUUCACCCUGAAGCAGGGGAAGCUCUCCUACUACGACUAUGAUUUGGAGAAAGGGAAGAAGAAAAGUUUGAAGGGAUCUGUGGACCUGGAGAAGGUCAAGUGUGUGGAGAAUGUGGAGCCGGAACUGAAUGCCCCCCCAGAAAGGACCUACCCAUUCCAGGUGGCAGGGAGCUGUGGAACCUCACUGCAGCAAACCCUCACUGGGGACACACUAUGGAUCAUUUAUGAUGAAGGGCCGCUGUAUAUCUUUGCCAAGACGGAAGAAAUUCGCAGGCAGUGGAUACAUGUACUGAAGCAAGAGGUGAAGUACAAUAAGGACCUGCUGCCCAAGUAUCACCCCUGCUUCUGGGUGGACGGUGUCUGGCUGUGCUGUCAUCAGGAGGUCAAGCAGGCCAUGGGCUGUAUGGUGCUGGAGACCCGCAGCACCGGAUUCUCAGCCCAGGUUUCACAGCGUAAGUCCAGGAAACCGCUCCCUCCAACUCCAGACCAGGAGAAGAAUUCAAGGCCAUUGCCCCUCCAGCCGUUGCCCCCAGAGCCCCCUCAGCCUGCCACGUCUUUGGAAAUGAAGGUCAUUGCAGAGUAUGAUUAUGUACCUCAGAGCGAACAGGACCUGGAGCUGAAGAGAGGAGAAGAGUACACUGUCUUGGCGAAGGACAGUGCCAACUGGUGGAAGGCCAAGGAUAGAUACGGAAAUGAGGGCUACAUUCCGAGCAAUUUCGUCAGUGAAGUUCAGAAUGGACUCGAGCAGUUUGAAUGGUACUGCAAGAACAUGAACCGCAGCCAAGCAGAGAACCUGCUGAGGAAGGAGAACAAAGAUGGCGGCUUUCUGGUACGGGACUCUAGCAAGGCUGGGAAGUACACCGUCUCCGUGUUCAGUAAGGGUGGAGGCGAUGCAGCUCCUGCAUGCAGACACUACAACAUUUGUACAAAUCAGCAGGGCCAGUUCUACCUCGCUGAGAGGCACAACUUCGACACGAUACCCGAUCUCAUUAAAUACCACCAGCACAACGCCGCAGGAAUGGUGAGCAGGCUGAAGUAUGUUGUGUCAAACAAGACCCAAAAUGCUCCGUCUACAGCUGGCCUUGGAUAUGGGGUCUGGGAGAUUGACCCACGUCACCUGACCUGCAUCAAGGACCUAGGCUGCGGGCAGUUCGGGGUGGUGAAGUACGGCAAGUGGCAGGGCCGGCAUGAUGUGGCCAUCAAGAUGAUCAAGGAGGGCUCCAUGUCAGAAGAUGACUUCAUUGAAGAAGCUAAAGUCAUGAUGAAACUCCAGCAUACCAACCUGGUGCAGCUGUAUGGCGUCUGCACCAAACAGAGACCCAUCUACAUCGUCACCGAAUUCCUUUCCAAUGGCUGCUUGCUGACCUACCUCCGUGAAGUCAUGACCCCACAUCCCAUCCAGCUGCUGGAGAUGUGCAAGGAUGUGAGCGAGGGCAUGGCCUACCUGGAGUCGCUGCAGUACCUCCACAGGGACCUGGCAGCCAGAAAUUGCUUGGUGGAUGGAAAUGGAACAGUAAAAGUCACUGACUUUGGAUUAUCAAGGUACGUCCUGGACGAUGAGUACACUAGCUCUGAGGGCUCCAAGUUCCCUGUCCGUUGGUCACCACCCGAAGUCCUCCUCUACUGCAAAUUCAGCAGCAAGUCUGACGUCUGGGCAUUUGGGGUUCUUAUGUGGGAAAUCUAUACCCUGGGUAAGAUGCCCUAUGAACGCCUUAAUAACACAGAGAUAGUACAGAAACUCUCCAGUGGGCUUCGUCUCUAUCGCCCCCAACUGGCUAAUGAGAGAGUGUACAGCAUUAUGGCAGCCUGUUGGAAUGAGGUCUGUGAUUUUAAUAAUUUCUCCCUUACUUGUGUAAGUCACUGUCAGUCAUUCAUAGAACCACAGAUCGAAUCCAUCCUUGUUUGACUGUGUCAUGUUCCUGACUUGUGUCCUCUUUCAGAAACCGGAAGAUCGUCCACCUUUUCAAGAACUUGUGUCCAUUAUUCAGGACUUGCUAUAUGACCUCCAGUAGCCAGGAAUUUCCAAGCAUCAUCCUCAUCAGUCUAGGCGCUAUCAUCUGUCGACACCUAGCAGAGUCAUCUACCGAAGUGUCCAUCCUACCCAGAGUGAGAGAGACGCAUAGCAACACUGUAAAGCCAGAAAACUCCCUGUCAAUGUGACUACUGUGUGAUGUUUGACUGAAUGUUGCUAGGGUAGAUACAGCCUGUUUAACUAGGUUUUCAUCGUUCAGGAAGUUUUAUGCUUGUUAAAACACCACAAACUGAGGCUGUGUUUGGAAUGUCCCCUAUAUCGUGAUCGAUUCGGCCAAUUUGUAGUGCUGUUCAAAUUCUCAACUCUACAUAUCAUUCACUAUUAUUGUGCACUAUAAAGUCAUCGCAAGGCACACCAAAAUCCAGUGCAUUGAAGCUGUACCCUACAUUGGUUGACUUAGACCAUCAUGCAUUACGGGCUGUCAUGUGAGUGUCGGAACCAGAUUGGAAAAACUUAGCUACACCACACAGAUCGCUACCUAAUAGCACCACAGUCUGAACCAUGACCAUUAGCCACUGUUAAGUAGCUCACUUAUGAAAUACUUGCACAUGAGCUAUAACAACAGUGGCAGAGCUACUGCUGCUUAAAAAACAAAUAUUUUGAUGUAUUUCACUGCUUUGCAUGAGUAAUGUUAAUUUACAAUUAAUACAGUAUACUGAAGAUUAGACUACAAUACCAUAGUUACAACUGCAGUCCCCACAAUGCUUGCAUAAGUGGUUACAGUACAGACAAGUAUGCUGUAAAUAAAGCUGUGUACACAUAUUUCUGUUUAAGUUUUAUUUAUAUUUCAGAAUUGUUAAGAUGUAUGUCAAUUAAAAUGUUUACUUACUGAAAUAGCAACAUUGAUUUCUGCGUUCUGGCGUUUAAGCAACAGAGAUAAAAAUUACGAAUAUCCGUCACAUGUUAUCUGGCAGCAUAACAUCCGCCUAGUGUCCAAAAUAUGUCUGCCCUUAUCCCCUAGGGAGUGUCCUACAUAGAAAACACUAUACAGUGAGUGAGUGAACAAGUGGACAUUGCAAACAUGGCCUGAGAGUGGAAUGUGGCUUUAAAGUCUGCCUGGUGGGAGGGAUGACUGUGCGUUGUCAGUCACAUGAUGGAAUAACCUACUUCUCAUUGGUUACUUUAGUUCCCAUUAGGGUAAACCAGCCAGUGAUCAUCAGCACGUUGAAAUCUGACACACUUCGGUUUCAAAGCCUCAUUUCUAUGACCACUGCCAUAACCUCUAUUAAUAAAAACAACAACAAUUACUGCGCUUCUGCCGCAAGGAAGCCAUGGCCAACACUCAAACCCAAAUCUAAAGCAGGCAAUGACCCAAGGCACACCACUUACGGCCUAUGGCCCUUCGCAAGGCUCCUUGCAUUGCUACCCAAUAACAGUAAUAUCAAAUGGAAUACUUGUGUGAAUGGAGAGCCGUUCCAUUGUUAAUUUUAGUAGGGGUCGUGGAAAUUAUAUAGGAAAAGCUCAUGUCACUUGAGGAUAUUUAUUCAAAUACGAGUCUUUAAACAGAUAGUGUGAAUUUUUGAGUUUUCUGUUACAUAGGGCUGUCGCGGUUAGGAAAUUUCCCUUGCGGUUUUUAUGGGUGGCUCAAUAGCGCGGUAUGCGGUAUUACCGCCGUUUAAAAAUAAAUAAAUAAAUAAAUAAAUAAAUAAUCUUGAUUUUACUGCA